GUACUGCUACUACUACUACUACUACUACUACGGUAGAUCGUAGCACCCGCCCUAUGGAUUGGCAUUGCGAUGAGAAGCUCGUCUCAAGGGCUAAUCCACAACGCUAUUGACAUCAUCUCACCAACGGAUCAUUUUUCACUUACUUCAGGUGAAAGGACUAACAUUCUCUCGAUACAUAAAGGGAGAAGAGGAGAAACUGAGUCAUACACUCAUAACUUCUAGCAAUCAAGUGGAGCUAGCAGAGCUGUGACUGGCUCAGGUGACUGGCUCAGGUCAGGAAUGGUGGAUAACUUGUCGGUAGGAGAGGAGACCUUCCUGUAUUACGCCAGCUUUCCUGCAGAACAUCACGAAUCGGACAUGGUGAUAGACACAGGUGUCUACCAGGCGGUGCCCUCCCCGUUCUCAGAGGACGACCUGAGUGACUCGUCCAGCCCUUGCUCCUGCUCCAGCCCUGAGUCCCAGGUGCUGGGUUCCAGCUACGGCAGCAGCAGCUCCAGUGGAGAGAGCCAGGAUGGUCUCCUCGACUUCCUGCUCUCCCAGGCCACCCUCGGAAGUGGAGUUACUCCCACUCUAUCUCCCUCAGUACCACCCAUCCUCCCCAGGGGUCUAGCAUGGGAGUCGAAGACGGACCGCCUGUUUCAGCCAACCAAAGAGGAGUGCUUUGAGUUCCCUGUGUUCCCAGUGGACCUGGAGGAUCAUGUGGGGCUGCUGUUUCAGCCCACCCUGGAGGAGAUAGAGGAGUUCCUGGAGGAGAAUAUGGAGGUGGUAACGUUGAAGAAGGAGGCUAGUGAGGGAGGGAUGUUGGAUGUAGACUGUCAGGUGACAGAGUUAGAACCUGGGCUAGAGCAGUCAGUACCUGUUGCCAGGGCUACUGUCCCCACCACAGUGACCAAAUACACAGCAACAUCCACAAUAACACAUUCCAACGGUUGUAGUGGGAUUAAACAGGAGGAACCUGCUGAAACACCAGCCCCAGGGGAGGGGUCUGGCUUGACGCCUGUCAUCUUGCAGAUUCAACCAAUCCAGAUUAAGCAAGAGCCCAGCCCAGGUGUGAUACCAACACCAGUACCACCGCAGUCCACCCUGCCCUCCUCAGACAUAAAAAUCGCCCAGCUCCUGGUCAACAUCCAGGGCCAGACGUUUGCCCUGGUUCCCCAGCUGGUGUCUCCAGCUAAUCUCAAUGGUACGUCUUCCAAAUUUGUGCGCAUCGCGCCCGUACCCAUCGCCGCCAAGCCCCUGGGUCUCAGGGAGGGUGGCCUUGCAGGUGGCCAGGCUGCAGGGAUCCUGGUGGGAGGACAGAAGUUCCAGAAGAGCUCGGUUACGGACCUUGUAAAAAUGCAUAAGUGCACUUUCCCUGGCUGUGCCAAGAUGUACACCAAGAGCAGCCACCUGAAGGCCCACCUGAGGAGGCACACGGGGGAAAAGCCCUUCGCCUGCACCUGGCCUGGCUGUGGAUGGAGGUUUUCGAGGUCAGACGAACUCUCCAGACACCGGCGCUCUCACUCUGGAGUGAAGCCUUAUCAGUGUCCCAUCUGCGAGAAGAAAUUUGCCCGCAGCGAUCAUCUGUCCAAACACAUCAAAGUCCACCGCUUUCCAAGAAACAGCAGGACAGUGCGAUCCGCAAACUGAGCACAUUGACCUCCAGGUCCUGCUAGGCUGAGGCCACGCCACAGGAUACAUGGAGAGACAGAGAGAGAAUGUUUGUGAGAGAGAGAGUGAAUGAAUGUGGGAGAUUGCUAACAGUAGAGGGGACAGUGGGACAGACAGAAUGAAUGUGGGAGAUUGUUAAUAGCAGAGGGGACAAUGGGACGGACAGAAUGAAUGUGGGAGAUUGCUAAUAGCAGAGGGGACAGUGGGACAGACAGAAUGAAUGUGGGAGAUUGCUAACAGCAGAGGGGACAGUGGGGCGGACAGAAUGAAUGUGGGAGAUUGCUAAUAGCAGAGGGGACAGUGGGACGGACAGAAUGAAUGUGGGAGAUUGCUAAUAGCAGAGGGGACAGUGGGACAGACAGAAUGAAUGUGAGAGAUUGCUAAUAGCAGAGGGGACAGUGGGACAGACAGAAUGAAUGUGGGAGAUUGCUAAUAGCAGAGGGGACAGUGGGACAGACAGAAUGAAUGUGGGAGAUUGCUAAUAGCAGAGGGGACAGUGGGACAGACAGAAUGAAUGUGAGAGAUUGCUAAUAGCAGAGGGGACAGUGGGACAGACAGAAUGAAUGUGGGAGAUUGCUAAUAGCAGAGGGGACAGUGGGACAGACAGAAUGAAUGUGGGAGAUUGCUAAUAGCAGAGGGGACAGUGGGACAGACAGAAUGGAUGUGGGAGAUUGCUAAUAGCAGAGGGGACAGUGGGACAGGCAGAAUGAAUGUGGGAGAUUGCUAAUAGCAGAGGGGACAGUGGGACGGACAGAAUUAACUUUCAAACAACAGUUAAGGGAGAGAGUGUUUGAAUGUUUUGUUUGUUUAUGUGUGUGUGUGUGUGUGUGUGUGUGUGUGUGUGACGCACGUUGGUGGUACUGUGAUAAUUUAUUGAGUAAUGCAGAGACUCAAAAGAGAAAACAUUUUGAAAAAACAAGAACUGUUACAUAACAUGACAUCUUCACUGGUGCAUGAUGGGAAGUUCAGUGCUUUAGCGGGAUUUACACUUAAAGCAAUGUUCCCGCGUUCACGGAUACUGCAUUCACAGUAAACGCUGCAUAUGCCGGCUCAAUCGGAAAUUACUUUUAAAUUGCAAUGUCGCUAUAGCGCUGAACCUCCGCAGCACAGAUUGAAUCGAGUCCUAAGUUUCUUGUAAAUAGCUUUUCUUAAUUUUUGUAGGGGUUUUUUCCCCCAUAAAAAUGUUUAAGAUACGAUUUGAGAAUCUUAAAAGAGGUUUUGUUAUGUAAAGUAUUUUUACACUUUGUGGUUUGAAUGAAUUGUUGUUGAUGUACCUGCCUAUCAUUAACGCGUCAACAUUCCUUCUGCUGCAUAUAGAAAUGAUCUUCUCAUCACCGAGGGAGUUUUUACUAUGUACUUCUUCAAACCAAAAAAAUGACAGUUAGUAUUCAAACGUUCAUGUUGAACUACUGAUCAUGAUCAGAAUCAUGCCAUUAUAAGCUACCGGCAACAUGUGGAGGCUGUCUCCUAUUUUCACUACAGGAGCAAUAUGACGACUCGUGCCUGGUAAAGGCUGGAUCAGUGAACAGCCAACUGCAAUACAACGAGGUGCAGCAAAAAAUAUUUGGUGUGUUGUUUAUAUGUGAACCGACUGGCUUUCUGAUCACUAUUGAAGACGUUGAAGAACUUUUCCUUUUGUAUAUUUAUAUACAUUAGCUGGAGGAGCUGUUAUUGUCAUUUUCUUUCAUUUUGUGUUAUGUCAUUGGCGCUUAAAGCUGGCCUUCUCCGGGGCCAAUAUGUCAACUGAGUAGGCCUACGUAGUAUCUGUUUGAAUAUAAUGAUAACACUUAACCCGUUGGUGACUGUAUUAAAUCUUCAUAGCACAUAAGCAUUGAAUGCCUAGCCUGCCAUGUUGUAUACAGCGUGUGGAUGUCCGUGACAGUCAAUCAAUGUACAGUUUCAAACAGUGCUGGUAGGAGCUACAGUAUGAAGGACUCAAACCAUACACUUCAAUGUCAGUCUAAUCAAUGCUUUCAGUAAAAUAGUUGAACUAUAUUUUUUAGGGAUUCUUGAAAAACUGCAGCUACAGUAGCUUGAGGUAAGUCUCCUCGAUAUCAACACAAUCGUCUGCCUCGUGUCAUCAAUGCAUGUUGCUGAAGCACCCUACAGUGUUUCAGAAGUGACCUCUGUUUCAAACCGGAACAACCCCCAAAAGCCUUUUUAGCAGACACACAGCAGUGCCAACCUAGCCAAGCUUCCUGGGCUAUUACAUUUCAUCUGGAGGAGCUGGAAUUGCAUGGUGCUAUAUUCGGGCGGCAGGGAGCCUAGUGGUUAGAGCAUUGGACUAGUAACCAGAAGGUUGCAAGAUCAAAUCCCUGAGCUGACAAGGUAAAAAUCUGUUGUUCUGCCCCUGAACAACCCACUGUUCCUAGGCCGUCGUUGAAAAUAAGAAUUGGUUCUUAACUGACUUGCCAAGUUAAAUAAAAGUAAAUGUAGUUACCUCCUCUGGAACAUGUGAAGAAGUAAAUGGUGGUAGAAAUCUUAGCCUCCAUACACAUGUUCUACAGUCACCUUCCUGAUCUACAGAUGACAUCACAGGAAGACACACGAUUGGUUUAGUGAAAUACAGUACUCCAAAACUGUAAGGUUUAGGAAAGUUUUUAUUUCUAUAAUGCUUUCUUUUCCCUGUACGAAACUGCACUGUCUAUGAUGGCCAUGUCCUUUCUGUGUUAACGUUGUCUGAACCUGAGGGGUCUAGAGAGGGCAGUAAAACUUAUACUGUAGCAAUGCAUUCCUUCAAUCCCAUUUUAAAUGUUUUUAAAAACAGGUUAUUUUAACCCGUGAAGGUAUGUAAAUACUGCAACUACACCUAAAAGGAACGGAAAUGUUAUUGUAAUUAUUUCUGUGAUUGCGUACAAUUCUAGUGCAUGUGUAUAUAAUGUCAAUUCAUUAUAUGUUGUUAUAAAUAUUAUAUACUAUUAUAAAUAUUAUAUAUUUUUCUUUGUUCUACAUACGAUGCAUUUACAAAUUAAACAAAUCCAAAAGA